UAAGCUUAUUGCAAAUAAAAUGGCUUUCCCUUCUCAGCAUUUGGUAUUCCUUUCAAGAUGAAGAAGACAUGUUCAUGGUGGUUGAUCUCUUACUUGGAGGUGAUCUGCGUUACCAUUUGCAGCAGAACGUCCACUUUAAUGAAGGAACUGUUAAGCUGUACAUUUGUGAGCUGGCGCUUUCCCUGGAUUAUUUGCAGAGAUAUCAUAUAAUUCACAGGGACAUCAAACCUGACAACAUACUACUGGAUGAGCAUGGCCAUGUUCAUAUCACUGAUUUUAACAUAGCAACCAUAGUGAAAGGCUCAGAAAAAGCUUCUUCUAUGGCUGGCACAAAACCCUAUAUGGCUCCAGAAGUGUUCCAGGCCUUUAUGGAUGGAAGUCCAGGAUACUCAUACCCAGUAGACUGGUGGUCACUAGGAAUUACAGCAUAUGAAUUACUGAGGGGUUGGAGGCCCUAUGAAAUUCAUUCUGCUACCCCCAUUGAUGAGAUACUCAACAUGUUCAAGAUAGAAAGAGUUCACUACUCAUCUGCAUGGUGCAAGGGCAUGAUAGCACUACUGAAAAAGCUCCUCACUAAGGACCCAGAGUGCCGACUUUCAAGCCUUGCAGACAUCCAAAGCUCUCCAUACCUAGCUGAUGUCAACUGGGAUGCUGUUCUAGAGAAAGCUGUGACUCCAGGUUUUGUUCCUAAU